AUGUACUCCACCGUUUGGUUCCAACAUGGCAUCAUCGGGAUCUGGCGGAGACAGGCCUUCAGGGAGACGAUGCAGGAGCAUCCUUUCCUGCCGUUCGGAGAAGACAACUGGAACGGCACGAUCAAUCUCCUGAAGCAGCGGGCGAUGGCGCAGGAACUGCGAAGUUCGGUGACGACCUAUGCCCCCGGUGCUUUCUUCCCCGGGAGCAGCUCGCGCGAUCAAGGCUACGGCGCCACAUGCCUCUGGAAGCAGCGUGCUGAGAGGUGGUGUGUGAAUGCGCCCCGGAGACUCUGGCUACGGCUGUAUCUCAUGCUCUUCUAUCGCACCGGCUCCCUCUCCAGGACCCUCGUCUUUCAGGUCACUUCCGCCCUGCACCUGAUGAGCGUCGUAGGUCACCUCCUCGCGCCCUUCAUCCUGCUGCAAGCCCUGGUGGUCUUCGUGGCCUUGGACGACUGGAGCGAGGUGUCGCGGCACAUGCUCGGGGCACUUGCCUCCUUUGCUGUCUGUCAGUGGGCCAACGGGCUUUUUCUUAGUGCCUUCCUUCUGAGAGAUCAGCCGGGUUUACAAGCUGAUGCCAUGACGUUGCUGCUCUGGCCGCUCUACUCCACGUUCCUGCAGAUCUGCACGCUCUACGGGCACUGGAGAUGCCUCCUCUUCUACAUCCCCUUCUUCCCCAUGCGCCACGGCCUCUACACGGAGGGCGGGAUGGACCCGGAUGCUUUGAGGCAGCUGCAUGGGAUCCACUGCGUAGAGGAGGAGAGCUUCGAGUCUCGAAGUACACACGACGGAACCAUCUUCGAGAUCGAUCAGAUCCGGGCCCUGCAUGAGACGGAGACGGAGCUCACUGGCCCCCACUGCGUCUUGCAGGAGGUGCAGGUGGCACUGCCGGACACCAGCGACCCGCAAGGGGAGCUGGUUUGCUAA